AUGGAGAUUUCUUCUCACCAGUUUCACCUCUUGCAGCAACUAAAUGAGCAGCGCAGGCAAGACUUAUUCUGUGACUGCAAUAUCCUGGUGGAGGGCAAGGUCUUUAAGGCACAUCGCAAUGUGCUGUUUGCCAGCAGCGGCUAUUUCAAAAUGCUCCUUUCGCAGAGCUCGAAGGAGGCGAGUCAGCCGACAACAGCUACUUUCCAGGCAUUUUCUCCUGACACAUUUACAGUUAUUCUAGAUUUUGUGUAUUCGGGCAAACUGUCUCUCACUGGUCAGAACGUCAUCGAAGUCAUGUCAGCCGCUAGCUAUCUGCAGAUGACCGAUGUUAUCAGUGUGUGUAAAACAUUCAUUAAGUCAUCGCUGGACAUCAGUGAGAAGGAGAAGGAUCGCUACUUCAGUCUGUCAGACAAAGAUGUAAAUUCAAACGGCGUGGACCGAUCCUGCUUGUACAGCGCAGGCUGGAGGGGAGAAAGCAGCCCCCCGCAUUCGCACUUAAGUCCGGAGCAAGGGACAUGUAUGAUGGGUGGAAAUGCUUGGAGCAAUUUCAGCUACUAUCCGACUUCUCAAAGAAAUGCCCAGCAGCAGCUGUCCAAACACGAGCAACGACAGGAUUCCAUAAAGAAAUCCCGGCACCUGGGACUGCAGCAACCUUCUGACAUUCCUCACUAUAAAUCAAGCAAACUGGAGGACAGGGCUGCCGAGCCCGCUGGCCAUAUUGCUCAGUCUGAGGAGCAAGUUCAGAUUGAAACAGAAGUUGAAUCCCCUCACGUGGGAUACCAGUACGGCCAAGGGUCUGACGUGAUGCCGAGGAGCUUGGCUGUGUCACAGCAGGAGCAUGAAUCACCCCGUUCUUCUAGUAAAUCGAAGUCUUCAAAAGCAGACGAGCAGUACGCGAGCAUGCCCUCGAUUCUAGGUGUCAUGGGAAGCUGGGCUGAAGAUGAUCUGCCCAGGAUGAGGUUCAAGUGCCCAUUCUGCACUCAUGUGGUGAAAAGAAAAGCAGACCUAAAGCGUCACCUUCGCUGUCAUACAGGAGAGCGCCCUUACCCUUGUGAGGCAUGUGGGAAAAGAUUUAGCAGGCUAGAUCACCUAAGUAGCCAUUUUCGAACAAUUCACCAGGCUUGUAAGCCUAUCUGCAGAAAGUGUAAACGCCAUGUGACUGAGCUAACAGGACAAGUGGUCCAAGAGGGGACACGACGUUACAGACUCUGUAAUGAGUGUUUGGCCGAAGCUGGCAUAGACAGUAUUCGCAUUGACUUGGAGGCUGAAGCACCCCUUGAAUUUCCACAAGAUGGGGAUAAGGAUUCCAGGUGGCACUAUGGGGAAGACAACAGGUCCGAUGUGGAGAUUGUGGAGGAUGGGUCAACCGACUUGGUCAUUCAGCAAGUUGAUGACAGUGAGGAUGAAGUAGAUGAAAAGGAAGUAAAACCAAAUAUUAGGUAGUUGCAAGAGAAGAA